AUGGAGGAUCCCUUCAGCCCCUCAACUUUCUCGCUGGCGCCCAACGUCUCCGUACCCGUCUCUCCCGGCUGGGGUCUCAACUUCACUUCGGAACAGGGAGCCCCGGCCCCGGGGCCGCCGCCGCCGCCUCCGCCGCCUCCCGGACCGCCCGGCCGCCGCGUCCGCCUGGUCUUCCUGGGGGUCAUCUUGGUGGUGGCGGUGGCCGGCAACAGCACUGUGCUGUGUCGCCUGUGCGGGGGUGCCGGGCCGUGGGCCGGCCCCAAGCGUCGCAAGAUGGACUUCCUGCUCGUGCAGCUGGCCCUCGCUGACCUGUACGCGUGCGGAGGCACCGCGCUGUCGCAGCUGGCCUGGGAGCUGCUGGGCGAGCCGCGCCGGGCGGCGGGAGACCUGUCGUGCCGCUUCGUGCAGCUGCUGCAGGCGUCCGGCCGAGGCGCUUCGGCCCACCUCGUGGUACUCAUUGCCCUCGAACGCCAGCGCACCGUGCGCCGGCCGCAGGGCCCGCCGCUGCCAGCGCGCGCCCUCGCCGCCCUGGGCUGGCUGCUGGCGCUGCUGCUGGCGCUGCCCCCGGCCUUCGUGGUGCGCGGGGGCGCCCCCUCGCCGCCACCCGCCGCGCCCUCGGCCCCCCGCGCUUGGCCCGGGGAGCGUCGCUGCCGUGACAUCUUCGCGCCUCUGCCGCGCUGGCACCUGCAGGUCUAUGCGCUUUACGAGGCCGUCGCGGGCUUCGUGGCGCCGGUCGCGGUCAUGGGCGUAGCUUGCAGUCGCCUGCUCUGCGCCUGGUGGCAGCGCCCGCCCCAGGCCCCGCCGCCUUCAGCGCCCUGGUGGGCGAGUCCCGGCCGAGCCCCUGCGCCCAGCGCGCUGCCACGCGCUAAGGUACAGAGUCUGAAGAUGAGCCUGGCGCUGGCGCUGCUGUUCGUGAGCUGCGAGCUUCCCUACUUCGCUGCCCGGCUGGCGGCCGUGUGGUCGUCGGGACAGGUGGGAGACUGGGAGGCCGAGGAAGUGGCGGCCGCGCUGCACCUCGUGGGAGUGGCCAACAGCGCUCUCGAUCCCUUCGUUUACCUCUUCUUCCAGGCAGGCGACUGCCGGCUCCUGCGGAGGCUGCGGAGGCGCCUGGGCGCAGUCUGCUGUUCGUGGGAGGGAACAGCGGAGGACGAUGAGGGGACGGGGGGCCACCAAGCGCUUCACCGCCACCGCUGGCCCCACCCCCAUUAUCACCACGCUAGACGCGAGCAGCCAGUAGAGGGCUGCUGGCGCCCACCUCCGCCUCGCCCCCGGCCGCUGCCCUGCUCCUGCGAAAGCGCUUUCUAG